GGAGACCUAAGCUGAGGUGCCCCUCCACGCGCCGCCUUCCAUCGCAAUGCCCCGCACUUCCCUCUUCUCCCCACCAAACUUGAUUACUUCAAGUAAACCCCUUGGUUACUUGUUGAGACGGUCUUCUCCCUGUUGUGUCCCCUACCGCAACAUCAGCACCGCCUAUUUCCCAUCACCACGAGGUCGUUUCCAACGGACCCGCCCACAGCCCCCCCUAGCCUCGAGGUCAACAAGAAACUCGCGUUCGUACAUCACCGAGGCAACCCGCGCCCACCAAGCCCGCAAAAUGGCACCCCAACUCGACGGAUAUUUCCAGAAGGUGGACGCCCUGUCCGGCGCCUUCAUCGAGCGUCUGCGCGAGGCCGUCGCCAUCCCCUCCAUCUCGUCCGAAGCUGCUCGCCGCCCCGAUGUCGUCCGCAUGGGCCACUGGCUGGCCGACCAAUUGACCAAGCUCGGCGCGUCUGCUGAGCUUCGCGAGUUAGGAAAGCAAGAGGGCACCGACCUCGACCUGCCCCCUGUCGUGCUCGCCCGGUACGGCAACGACAAGAACAAGCGGACUAUUCUCGUUUAUGGCCACUAUGAUGUUCAGCCGGCCGAGAAGAGCGACGGGUGGGACACGGAGCCGUUUGACCUGGUAGUCCAGGAGGAUGGGCGCAUGUGCGGCCGUGGUUCGACCGACGACAAGGGCCCCGUGCUGGGCUGGCUUAACGCCAUCGACGCCCACAAGGCUGCUGGCAUCGAGUUCCCUGUGAACCUGCUCAUGUGCUUCGAGGGUAUGGAGGAGUACGGGUCGGACGGCUUGGACGACCUCAUCAACGCCGAGGGCAAGAAGUACUUUGCCGAUGCCGAUGCCGUUUGCAUCAGCGACAACUACUGGCUCGGCACCGAGAAGCCGUGCCUGACCUACGGGCUGCGUGGGUGCAACUACUACAGCAUCGAGGUUUCGGGCCCCGGUGCCGACCUCCACAGCGGUGUCUUUGGUGGCACCGCUCAGGAACCUAUGACGGAUUUGGUGCGCGUCAUGGGUUCGCUAGUUGAUACUGACGGCAAGAUCCUGAUCCCAGGCAUUGUCGAGCAGGUCGCCCCCGUGACGGCGGAGGAGGAGGGUCUUUAUGACAACAUCGCUUUCACUAUGGAGACUCUCCAUGCCUCGCUCGGCAGCACGACGACCAUCUUUGAAGACAAGAAGCGUACGCUCAUGGCUCGGUGGCGGAACCCCUCGCUUUCGCUCCACGGCAUCGAGGGUGCCUUCUCGGCCCCUGGCGCUAAGACGGUCAUCCCCGCCAAGGUCACCGGCAAGUUUUCGAUUCGGACGGUACCCAACAUGGAGGUCGACAAGACCAACGAUUUGGUGUGCCGUUACGUCGAGGGCGUUUUCAAGAAGCUCGGCUCCAAGAACACCUUGAAGGUAUGGCCUCAGCACACCGGUAACUGGUGGGUUGCCAGCCCCAACCACUGGAACUUCGCGGCCGCGGCCAAGGCGACCGAGCGUGUCUGGGGUGUCAAGCCCGACUUCACCCGCGAAGGUGGCAGCAUCCCAGUGACCUUGACCUUUGAGCAAGCGACGGGCAAGAACGUGCUCCUCCUGCCCAUGGGCAGCUCCACGGAUGGCGCCCACUCGAUCAACGAGAAGCUAGACAAGCGGAACUACAUCGAGGGCAUCAAGCUUCUGGGUGCCUACCUGCACUAUGUGGCCGAGGAGCCUAUUAACUAAGCUGUCUGGCGCGGAGCGAGGGGGCAGUUUCUGAGGGGUUCUGCUGUGGAUAAAGGCUUUCUCAUUUCCCAGCAUGUAAUAUGAGGUUUUAGUUCCAUAGCUGCUACGGGCAACAUUUUGAGAAA